CGAGGAAAUAUCCCAAUAGAGCGUUUUGUCUCACGGAUGAAGGCUAAACAUUCACGUGAGCUAUCACCCGAAUCUCUGGCAAAAGCCUUGGAUCCAAAUGUAAAAGAUGAAGAGUCGCAGAAGUUAGCUAUAAAAUGGCUUAAAAGGUAUAUUAAAGAUUUACGUGAUGAUCCGAAAAAAGAUGAAGUCAUUAUCUCCCAUUUAUGGAAAGAUGCCACCACUCACGCUGAAAAAAUAUGUUCUGGUAUUAGUGAAGCUGGCAUGACUAGGCCUUCAGGUAUCUCUACGAGAUAUAAUGAUUACCUUAAUGCAUUAGAUAGGAUUGCGGGUUCUACUCGUUCGAAAUUAUCAGAUUUACUUUCAAAAUUGUCUAAGCUUAAUGUGGAUUAUAGAAAUGUGAUAUACGAAUUAAUUGUGCAUGCACAGAAAUACAAGCCUGAUAUUACGAUUUUGGAAGAAUAUAUAUUUCGAUUUAAUAUGGAAUUGGAGUGUGAGAUAUUAAUAGUUUUCCGGAAUACAUGGUACGAGGUAAUUGGCCUUAAGAUUGCACGUCUUCAAGCAUUAUCUAUUAUGUAG